ACACACACACAGUCAGAGGGAAGAUGGAGGACAGCAGCAGCAGCGGGGCGGACCUGAUUCGUCUUCUUCUUUGAAUGAAGGUUUAACAAAGAAAAUCAUCAUCAGAAUCCUUUGCACUGACCUAGCCUAGGCUCCUGCUGGUCUCAUCCCAGAAUCCUUUGUGCUGACCUCGUGGAGGCUCCUGCUGAUGAUGAGCGUUUAAACCUCAGUCUGACACUAUCCGACCUCCACAGCCACCAUGAACCCCCAGGAGACGGAGCUUGGCCAGGAGGUGACGGAGGAGACUGACGCCCCUCCUCGCCAUAGCCACAACAACCAAAACAGCCGUUCCCGCAACCAUGACAAACGCUACAGACGCAGUGAAGCUGGAGCAGCUGCUGGCAGCAGAGUAAGAGCAGCACAGCAGCGCUGCCCACAGGAGGAGCCAGAUGUGGAGCUGCAACCAGAAGCUCCUCUGCCACAGCCCCACCUGCCCAUCCCCCGACCCGCAGUGGCACGGUACCGCAGACAGGGGGACAGCGAGGCGAGGCUCAGGGCGCAGCAGCAGAGACACAGACUCAGGCAACAGAGGGAGGCAGAGCGCGUUCAGCAGCGCCACACCGAGGACGAGGACCGAGAUCGGGACGACUCUGUGCUUGCACGCUCAGCCAGCACUGAGAGCGGCUUCCACGCUCACACGGACCGUGCCGAGGGCGAUGACAGCCUGCUAGUGAUGUCACUUGAUUCUGAAGGCCAACCGGAGGCCGAAGACGAGACGGGGAACUACGGGGUCCAGCUACGACCAGAAGCAGAGGGAUACACUGAGAGUGCUGAGGCUGAACAGCAUCAUGUCAAUCCACAUCUUUUUAGUCCUCAUCCCCGCCCACGUGACCCCAUCCCUGAUACCCAGAACCCCCAGAGACCAGGUGAAACCGAGGACAUGAUAAACACCGGUUACUCCAACUACGUGUACACACAGCCCCUCAAUCCUCACGGGGGGGAGGAGGAAUUCUCAGCCAAUCAGAGAUUAGACAGUUUGGACGCUGGGCUGGUAGAAGAGGCGUACUCGGAGCCGUACGACAUUUACUCUUUCUCUGAACACGUUUACGAGGAAAUCUGUGACGUAGCGUCCUCUGGUCCUCCGGCUGAAGUUGGUGCUGAGUCCCUCCAGCAGAGGAGGGCUGGCUUCCAGCUGUUUGACGGUCAGUCAGGGGACGGAGACUUCCACCAGCAGGAGGCGGUGGGAUCCCGUCUGCGUCACUACGACGAGCGCUCGGACGGAGAGUCUGACAGUCCAGAGAAGGAGGCAGAGUUUGCCCCGUAUCCUCGCGCUGACAGCUGUGAUCAGGAGGAGGACGUCGAGCACGCUGGGGCCGAGAUCAGACAGAGCGUGUGUGCUCACAGUCUGCAUCACACUGUUGGAGACACCAUAGAAGAAGAAACUGAGCUUCCUCCAGGAGAAGAUAAAGUCCACUCUGAGACCGAAAACCACCAAGCUGUGGGACAAUUAAAGCUGGGCAGGAAACUGACUGUGAGUCCCUCAGAGGAGGCGGAGUCGGCGAAGAGCAGUCAGGAGAAGAGAGACGCCAUUUCUCUCGCCAUCAAGGACAUAAAGGAGGCCAUCGAGGAGGUGAAGACCCGGACAGUCAGGUCUCCUUACACACCUGAUGAACCCAAAGAGCCGGUCUGGGUGAUGAGACAAGACCUGAGCCCGAGUGCAGAGUGUGACCUGCAGCCACCACCAGGGGGCGAUUCUCCUCGUUCGGGCUCCCCGUCUCCUCCAGGAGCCGAGUCUUCCAGCCUCCACUUGCUGCAGGACCACACCUUUGACUCCUCCCCCUCCACUACUGAGUCCAGGAGAAGUCUGGCCUCCUUCCCCACAUAUGUAGAAGUCCCAGGUCCAUGUGACCCUGAGGACCUGAUCGAUGGGAUCAUCUUUGCUGCGAACUACCUCGGCUCCACCCAGCUGCUGUCGGACAAAACGCCUUCCAAAAACGUACGAAUGAUGCAGGCGCAGGAGGCCGUCAGCAAGAUAAAGACGGCCCAAAAAGUUGCACAAAACAGGAAGAAGGCCCCUGAAGGUGAGCCUCAGCCAAUGACAGAGGUGGAUCUGUUCAUCUCCACACAGAGAAUCAAAGUGCUGAACGCCGACACACAGGACACCAUGAUGGAUCAUCCUCUGAGGACCAUCUCCUACAUUGCUGACAUCGGGAACGUGGUGGUUCUCAUGGCUCGCCGCAGGAUGCCCCGCGCAGACUCCCAGGAGCACCUGGAGGCCUCCGACCCGGGUCAGGACAGCAAGCGGCAGUACAAGAUGAUCUGUCAUGUGUUCGAGUCCGAGGAUGCCCAGCUGAUUGCUCAGUCCAUUGGGCAGGCAUUCAGCGUGGCGUACCAGGAGUUCUUACGAGCUAACGGUAUAAACCCGGAGGACCUGAGCCAAAAGGAGUACAGCGACUUGCUCAACACUCAGGACAUGUACAACGACGACCUGGUCCACUUCUCGAAGUCUGAGAACUGCAAAGAUGUGCUCAUAGAGAAAGGUAAGGGGGAGAUCCUGGGUGUGGUCAUCGUGGAGAGUGGGUGGGGCUCCAUCCUGCCCACCGUCAUCAUUGCCAGCAUGAUGCAUGCUGGUCCGGCAGAGAGGUCUGGCAGACUAAACAUUGGAGACCAGAUCAUGUCCAUCAAUGGGACCAGUCUGGUGGGACUUCCUCUGUCCACCUGCCAGAGCAUCAUCAAGGGUCUGAAGAACCAGGCUCGCAUCAAACUGAACAUUGUCAGAUGUCCCCCGGUGACCACCGUACUCAUCAGACGGCCUGACCUCCGCUACCAGCUGGGCUUUAGCGUGCAGAACGGCAUUAUCUGUAGCCUGAUGCGGGGGGGCAUUGCUGAGCGGGGCGGGGUCAGAGUUGGUCACCGAAUCAUCGAGAUCAACAGCCAGAGCGUAGUGGCCACACCCCACGAAAAGAUCGUCCACAUCCUGUCUAACGCUGUGGGAGAGAUCCACAUGAAGACAAUGCCUGCGGCCAUGUACCGCCUGCUGACAGCUCAGGAGCAGCCUGUUUACAUUUGAAAGGACAGAGUCCCCAAUGUUGGUUGCAAUGUUGUGUUCUGCAGCCUCGUCUUCAUCAUAACAACACAAAUGUUUGAUCUGUUACUGUGUUUAAAGGUAAAAUGAGUAACAGAGGGUUUACACCUGAAUCACCUGUUCUCUGCUGGAAUUUGUAUCUGAACAUGUGUCAGUCUUAAAACACGUCCGCUCUUCUGAAGUGUCUUUAAUGUUCCGAUUGGGAAACUCACACAGUUUCUGUCAUUGUUAAAUAAGAGAAAGCAGAAGUUAGAAACCUUAUUUUUAUGAGCUUGGCACUUAACCCUGAUUGUUGACUAUAAGGCAGCCUGCACAGCAAGUCCUGACCUUCACAGCCUGACGCUGCUUUCUGCCAUGCUGCUAUCUCACUGUCAGACCUCUGCCUGUUUGAUGUGCUUUUAUUUCCUCCUGUUGUGGAAACAUGUAAUGAGACCAGCCUGCUUUCACUCUCACAUCCCCAUCCUAAUUACAGUACAAAUAUUUUACUUUAAUUUUAAAUUUAUAAACCCUGUACAAAUGUGUUACUUUACUUAAAUGUUACAAAAUACUUUAUUAUGUGUCACUUUAAUGGAACACACUGAAACACUGUACAGCGGUGUACUCUGCACGUCACAGACAAACUGAAUCUUUUUCAUACUUCCUCACAUUCCAUGUCUGCUGCUUUGUUUGAUCUCAGCAUUAAAGGUUUGAUAUUUCAUACGCAGAGCUCUCACACUCGGCUGUAUCCCCAACGGUGAUAAUACACAAAACAGGUGAAGUAGCUUCACUAGCUACAUGAUUUAAAACAUCAAUCUUACACUAUGUAAUAAACAACACAUCAACACCAACACAUCAAACUAACACCAUGUAACAACACAUCAAUCUAACACAAUGUAACAACACAUCAAUCUAACACUAUAUAACAACACAUCCAACUAACACCAUGUAAAAACACAUCAAUCUAACACCAUGUAACAACACAUCAAACUAACACCAUGUAACAACACAUCAAUCUAACACCAUGUAACAACACAUCAAUCUAACACCAUGUAACAACACAUCAAUCUAACACCAUGUAACAACACAUCAAUCUAACACUAUGUAACAACAUAUCAAUCUAACACCAUGUAACAACACAUAAAUCUAACACUAUGUAACUAUGUAACAACACAUCAAUCUAACACUAUGUAACAACACAUCAAUCUAACACCAUGUAACAACACAUCAAUCUAACACCACGUAACAACACAUCAAACUAACACCAUGUAACAACACAUCAAUCUAACACCAUGUAACAACACAUCAAACUAACACAAUGUAACAACACAUCAAACUACCACCAUGUAACAAUACAUCAAUCUAACACUAUGUAACAACACAUCAACACGUCAAUCUAACACCAUGUAUGUAACAACACAUCAAUCUAACACUAUGUAACAACAGAUCAAUCUAACACUAUGUAACAACACAUCAAUCUAACACUAUGUAACAACACAUCAAUCUAACACUAUGUAACAACACAUCAAUCUAAUACCAUGUAACAACACAUCAAACUAACACCAUGUAACAACACAUCAAACUACCGCCAUGUAACAACACAUCAAUCUAACACUAUGUAACAACACAUCAAUCUAACACCAUGUAACAAAACACAUCAAUCUAACACCAUGUAACAACACAUCAAACUAUCAAACUAACACCAUGUAACAACACAUCAAUCUAACACUAUGUAACAACACAUCAAUCUAACACCAUGUAACAAAACACAUCAAUCUAACACCAUGUAACAACACAUCAAACUAUCAAACUAACACCAUGUAACAACACAUCAAUCUAACACUAUGUAACAACACAUCAAUCUAACACCAUGACAAAAACUUACAAAAAAAGUGAAUGACUGUUUUUACUUUUAGUAAAAUUGUUUACUGCAGAUAUUUCCCAACAAAAUCCUUCUAGUCUGGUUAAAGUGUAUGUAUUUAAAACCAUGGAAGGCUUUUAAUGUGAAAGGUUAACUGUAUAAAACAGGUUGUCUGAGAGAAAAAAAAACCUCUUAACGGAAAACAACAAACUAAUCUAUCCAGCUGCAGUUCUCAAAACUGAUCAUCAAAGUUAGAAUACAUAUUUUCAUUUUUAGUAAAAGUUACACAUUUACAUGAAUCACCAAAGAGCGUUUUAUUAUUCUUGAUACUCAUGUAGCAUCUUUUACUCACCAAAUCUGACUGAAUGACUGAAAGUUUCAUCAUGUGUUUAGUGAAAUGUCUUAAUGUCCACAUUGUUUGAUGUGUUUUAAUUCACUCAUAAAUAAUGAGUCAUGUAGGCAUUAUGAUAAGUGAGAAAGGUUAGAGAGGAGGACAUCUUUAACAUGCUUAAUGUUUAAUGUUCUCUCUUGAUGAAGUCAAAAUACCUGACCACGUGUCCAUUAUCAGGGUUCAAGGACAGCCUGGAGCCUGCAGUCCAAACCUCAUAGGGGACACCUCAUUGGGCAUUAUUCUGCUAAUACCAUGGUCACUUUUACAAAAGAAAAACAAUAAUCACUUUUAAUCAAUUGCAUUUUUUAAUAAUAUAUCUUUAUGUACUUUAAUCCAAUGGAAACAUUUUCCACUCCAGUAAAUAAAACACCUCAGCUCACUUUACUCUGAAAAAGCUAACGCAAUGCUAGCACUUCAAUGAGAGUCAAUAACAGUGUGUAAAGUUGACAUACAGUAAAUAUAAUAUGGCAGUAUGUUUAAGAACAAGAUUAGCUAGCUAACCAGCUAAUACCUCAUCAUCCCCAAAUCAACAUGACAAUUUUUACCAACAAAUGGUUCGCCAUGUUUACUGUUUAUUAGUCAGAAGCAAGGAGCUGAAUGGUCGGCCAUGUUUAUUGUGAUCUGACUGAAGCAGAGAUCUGAAUGGUCGGCCAUGUUUAUUGUGGUCAACCUGAAGCAGAGAGCUGAAUGGUCGGCCAUGUUUAUUGUGGUCAACCUGAAGCAGAGAGCUGAAUGGUCGGCCAUAUUUAUUGUGAUCUGACUGAAGCAGAGAUCUGAAUGGUCGGCCAUGUUUACUGUUGUCAGACUUAAGCAGAGAGCUGAAUGGUCGGCCAUGUUUAUUGUGAUCUGACUGAAGCAGAGAACUGAAUGGUCGGCCAUGUUUAUUGUGGUCAACCUGAAGCAGAGAGCUGAAUGGUCGGCCAUGUUUAUUGUGAUCUGACUGAAGCAGAGAACUGAAUGGUCGGCCAUGUUUAUUGUGAUCUGACUGAAGCAGAGAGCUGAAUGGUCGGCCAUGUUUAUUGUGAUCUGACUGAAGCAGAGAGCUGAAUGGUCGGCCAUGUUUAUUGUGGUCAACCUGAAGCAGAGCGCUAAAUGGUCGGCCAUGUUUAUUGUGAUCAGACUGAAGCAGAGAGCUGAAUGGUAAACGGUAAGUGAGAUGAUGCUGAUGUGAUCUACAGUAUAAGGUCAGAUGGGCAGUGUACUUCCUGCAGUUUGUUUGUAACAGCGCCCCCUGCAUUGUCCCUUUCUUUUCUGUCUCCCUGUUUCUAUUUUAGAUUUGCAUAACAAGUACUUCAAAUUAGAACGGCUAACUGAAAGUUUCACUGUCGCCAUUGAAAGGAAAUAUUCUACACCCUGCAGCCAAUCAAAAUAGAGCAUUGACUAAGACCAUGGUAUAAGUUAUAAUGAAGGUUUGACUUGAAUGUCAGCUUCACUGCAGAUCAGUUAGUUUAACACUAAAGGAAUCAUUUCAAGAAAUUGUGUUUGUCAUUCUUAUGUUUUGGAGUAGUUAGAAACUAUUAUAUAUUCAUACACAUAAAAACGGUAUGUUAAAGCUUAAAUGGUGCUUAUCUUAAGACUGGAUGUAAUAGGGCGACAUGUCUGUAGUGUUUUGUUCUGUAUGUUUAAUUUUCUGAAUGUUCUCUUUAUCAAUAUCUGCCUUUUUCAAAGUGCUUUUUUUAAUUUUCUUUUUCAGCAGAUUCAGUUUUUUAAAAUGUGAAACAGGUGUAAAUUUAUUGUUGUCAGGCUGACUGUUGUUGAGUCAGUGUGUGCCUCCAGUAAACAUUUGUUAAAACUCUGACACUCUGCUGAGGAAAUUACUGAUUUUCUGAUGUUUAUAACAUAUCAUUCUUGUCCCAUGUUUUAUUUAAUUAUACAGUAAAGGAAAAGGUUUCUUUAAUUCUGCUCUCUUGUGAAGCUCAAACAUCUCAAAUAUCUUAAAUGUUAACUAAAACACAUGUAAGCACCUGUUAAACUGGUAUAUUAUUAUUAUUAUGCCUGUGUAUGUCUUCAUUAUGAAGCUGUUAUUUUAUUUCAUAUUGUUCACGUUGAAGGACUGUUCAUUGUUUACACCUCUCUGGUUUCAAAGCUAAGACAUGUAUAUUUAAAUAUCUUUUAUAUUCUCUGUUUACAUGAAGCUCAUCUCGGCCUUACUGAGCAUGCUCCAUGUAUGGUUGUGUGAGUGGGCGUGUGUGUGUGUGUGUGUGUGUGUACUUAUGUUGGAUAUAUAAUCUCCACAUAUAUAAUAUGACAUAUAAACUGUAAAGUAUAUUCAUGUAAAGGUCUGUGUAGAGAAACAUGUUUAAAGGUGAAUGUAGGAAACUGUGUAAAAUACCUUUCAUGUAUAUAAAGAGCACAGAUUAUUUAAAGUGUGAGUGUGAGUGUGAGUGUGGGCACGUGUGUUUGUGUGAUUUCUCCCUCUGCGUGGUCUGUCAGGCUCUGUAAGCUAACCUGACAGAACGAAGCAAACCGCUGCAGACUGCAGUUUAGCUUACAGAGUUAAUAAGUGCACUCAUUCUGAAUGUAACAUUAACUUAAAAAAAGAAAAACUAUAAACUGUUUCUGUAUAGCAGCAGCAAUGUUUUUUAUUUGCAAGCUUUUCCUGUGCCGUUCUGUUGGAGCAAUGCUCGUGUAGCAGAGCAACAUGUUUGUUACUGUAUUUACAACAAUAAAGGACUGAAAUAGCAACUC